CUAUGUUUAUGCUGCUACGAAAAAGCCUAUAACCAUGAGCAGUCACUUUCUAUUCCCCACCCCCAAACCCACUCCCUAGCCCUAGGCAACCAGUAAUCUACUUUCUCAGACCGAUAACUUUAGUAUAGGUAUAAAUCGAUCACAGAGCCUCAAAAUCCACCCAAUAUCUGGGCCAUGAUGUGAAAUUUGGUAAGUAAUCGUCCCACAUUAUCAACUUGUAACGUAGAAAUGGAGGGAGGAAAAAAAAACUCACAGUCCCCAGUAGCGUUUGUGAAAAGUACCUGAUAACAGGCUGUGGUGGAGGGGAGUUCAGCCCCCAGAAAAGAUCACGGAUUAGGAAUUACGUAAGCAUAGGUCUCGGGCCCUUUUAUUUUGGACGCGAUCCUUCCACGGGAUCGCCUCCGGAUGGGUGUCGCGCUGGGAGCCACACGGGAAACCUCAAGAGUCAGAAACAGGCGUUGAAGGCAGGCGGCAUUUUCCAAAGCGGUUGGGUCUCCGGCGCUGCCCGGCGGUAGCGUCUCCCGGAGUCGCGAGCGCAUGACGUAGAGGGCGCGCGAUGACGCGACGCGCGGCGCGGUGCACGCUGGGAUAUUUAAGUCUCCUCCGCGGCGCGGAGCCGCGAUGUCUCCGGCGGCUGCGGCGGCUGGAGCAGGCGAGCGGCGGCGGUCCAUAUCGAGUGUCAGGGACGGCCGGGGCCGGGGCCGGGGCCGCGGCGGGCAAGCCGGGGCCGCGCUCCUCGGCCUGUCGCUGGUCGGCCUCCUACUGUACCUCGUGCCGGCUGCGGCUGCGCUGGCCUGGCUGGCCGUGGGGGCUACCGCGGCCUGGUGGGGACUGAGCCGCGAGCCCCGAGGUUCGCGCCCCUUGUCCUCCUUCGUUCGGAACGCGCGACAUCGGCGAACACUGUUCGCUUCGCCUCCGGCCAAGUCGACAGCCAACGGAAACCUCCUAGAGCCGCGGACCCUGCUCGAAGGACCUGACCCUGCCGAACUGCUACUCAUGGGCAGUUACCUGGGCAAGCCCGGGCCGCCGCAGCCCACCCCCGCUCCGGAGGGCCAGGACCUACGGGAUAGGCCUGGCCGCCGCCCACUCACCCGCCCGGCGCCGCGCUCCCCGCCACCGCGCUCCCCGCCGCCGCAUCGCGUUCACCACGUUUACCCCUCUCUCCCCACUCCUCUUCUCCGACCCUCCGGGAGGCCUUCCCCACGGGAUUGUGGGACUUUACCAAAUCGGUUUGUAAUAACACCUCGAAGACGCUAUCCGAUCCAUCAGGCCCAAUAUUCCUGUCUGGGGGUACUUCCCACAGUGUGCUGGAAUGGCUAUCACAAGAAGGCUGUGCUGUCCCCUCGUAACUCCAGGAUGGUGUGUAGCCCUGUUACUGUGAGGAUCGCCCCUCCCGACAGAAGAUUUUCGCGUUCUGCGAUACCAGAGCAGAUAAUCAGCUCAACACUGUCCUCACCAUCAAGUAAUGCCCCAGACCCAUGUGCAAAGGAGACUGUACUGAGUGCCCUCAAAGAGAAGAAGAAGAAAAGGACAGUGGAGGAAGAAGACCAAAUAUUCCUUGAUGGCCAGGAAAAUAAAAGAAGGCGCCAUGAUAGCAGUGGCAGUGGACAUUCAGCGUUUGAGCCCCUGGUGGCCAAUGGAGUCCCCGCUUCUUUUGUGCCUAAGCCUGGGUCUCUGAAGAGAGGCCUCAAUUCUCAGAGCUCAGAUGACCACUUGAAUAAGAGAUCCCGAAGCUCUUCCAUGAGCUCCUUGACAAGCACUUACACAAGUGGCAUCCCUAGCUCCAGCCGCAAUGCCAUUACCAGUUCCUACAGCUCCACUCGAGGCAUCUCACAGCUCUGGAAGAGAAGUGGCCCCAGUUCAUCACCCUUCUCUAGCCCAGCCUCAUCCCGCUCCCAGACACCAGAGAGGCCAGCAAAGAAAAUAAGAGAAGAGGAGCUAUGUCAUCAUUCCAGUUCCUCAACUCCAUUGGCGGCGGACAAGGAGUCCCAGGGAGAAAAGGUUGCAGAUACAACCCCAAGGAAGAAACAAAACUUGAAUUCUCAGUCUACAUCUGGCAGCUCUGGGCAGCGUAAGCGGAAAAUUCAGCUGCUGCCUUCUCGGCGAGGGGAACAGCUGACCUUGCCUCCACCUCCCCAGCUUGGCUAUUCGAUCACUGCCGAGGACCUAGACUUAGAGAAGAAGGCUUCAUUACAGUGGUUCAACAAGGCCUUGGAGGACAAGAGUGAUGCUGCCUCAAACUCUGUCACUGAGACCCCGCCUACCACUCAGCCUUCGUUUACUUUUACCCUGCCUGCUGCUGCAACUGCCUCACCACCCACCUCCCUCCCGGGCCCAAGCACCAACCCACUGUUAGAGAGCUUGAAGAAGAUGCAGAGUCCCCCGAACCUGCCACCUUGCCCAGAAUCUGCUGGAGCAGCAACCACUGAGGCCCCCUCGCCUCCAAAGACGCCCAGCCUCCUGCCCCCACUGGGCUUACCACAGUCAGGGCUGCCAGGGCCCCUCCCCAGCCCCUCCUUAGACUCCAAACCCCCGACCACUUUGCUGGGGCUGAUCCCUGCUCCAUCCACGGUACCAGCCACUGACACCAAGUCACCUCCAACCCUUCAGGCAGAGACAGCUGCCAAACCCCAAGCCACAUCUGCCCCGUCCCCUGCCCCCAAGCAAAGCUUCCUGUUUGGAACACAGAGCACCUCACCUUCCAGCCCUGCCGCCCCUGCCGCGUCUUCAGCAUCUCCCAUGUUCAAGCCCAUUUUCAUGGCCCCACCCAAGAGUGAGAAGGAAGGCCCCACACCGCCUGGCCCUUCAGUCACAGCCACAGCGCCCUCCAGCUCCUCCCUCCCCACGACCACCAGCACCACAGCCCCAACCUUCCAGCCUGUCUUUAGCAGCAUGGGGCCACCUGCAUCUUUGCCCUUGUCUGCUCCCUUCUUCAAGCAGACAACUACUGCCACCACUGCUCCCACCACAACUGCCCCGCUCUUCACUGGUCUGGCCACCGCCACCUCUGCCGUGGCUCCCGUCACCACCGCUAGUCCAUCCGCAGACUCUGCUGUGAAGCCUGCAUUUGGCUUUGGCGUAAACAGUGUGAGCAGCAGCAGUGUUAGCGCCACGACCAGCACCGCCACUGCCACCUCACAGCCUUUCCUCUUCGGGGCGCCCCAGGCCUCUGCUGCCAGCUUCACCCCGGCCAUAGGCUCCAUAUUCCAGUUUGGCAAACCUCCUGCCCUGCCCGCAACCACCACAGUCACCACCUUUAGCCAGUCCCUGCCCACUGCCAUGCCAACGGCCACCAGCAGCAGCGCUUCCAGCUUUAGUGCUUUCGGCAGCACCCUUACCACUUCCGCCCCGGCCACCAGCAGCCAGCCCACUCUGACGUUCAGUAACACAAGCACCCCCACAUUCAACAUUCCCUUUGGCUCAAGCGCCAAGACCCCACUCCCAUCAUAUCCAGGAGCCAACCCCCAGCCUGCAUUUGGGGCCGCUGAGGGGCAGCCGCCGGGGGCCGCCAAGCCGGCCCUUGCCCCCAACUUUGGCAGCUCUUUCACUUUUGGAAACUCUGCAGCCCCGGCCCCAGCUGCUGCACCCACACCUGCACCUGCGUCCACGAUCAAGAUCGUGCCUGCGCACGUGCCUACACCCAUCCAUCCUACCUUUGGUGGUGCCACGCACUCAGCAUUUGGGUUGAAAGCCACGGCUUCGGCCUUUGGCACUCCCGCCAGCUCACAGCCCGCCUUUGGCAGCUCCACUGCUGUCUUCUCCUUCGGUGCAGCCACCAGCUCCGGCUUUGGAGCCACCACGCAGACCGCCAGCAGUGGGAGCAGCAGCUCGGUGUUCGGCAGCACAACACCAUCACCCUUCACAUUUGGGGGCUCGGCGGCCCCUGCUGGCAGUGGGAGCUUUGGGAUCAAUGUGGCCACCCCAGGCUCCAGCACCACCUCUGGAGCUUUCAGCUUCGGAGCCGGACAGAGUGGGACCACAGCCACCUCCACCCCCUUUGCAGGGGGCUUAGGUCAGAACGCCCUGGGCACCACCAGCCAGAGUACACCGUUUGCCUUCAACGUGGGCAGCACGCCUGAGAGCAAACCUGUGUUUGGAGGCACCGCCACUCCCACCUUUGGUCAGAACACCCCUGCACCUGGAGUGGGCACAUCAGGCAGCAGCCUCUCCUUUGGGGCAUCCUCAGCACCUGCCCAAGGCUUUGUUGGCAUUGGACCGUUUGGAUCGGCGGCCCCUUCAUUUUCCAUUGGUGCGGGAUCCAAGACCCCAGGGGCUCGACAGCGACUGCAGGCCCGAAGGCAGCACACCCGCAAAAAAUAGCCUUUGUCCCCUGUCCCUGUUCCCCCAACCCCUUCCCUCAAUCUGGACCUUGGCACCUGCUGGGAAGAGCCUUGGACCCUUCGAGUUGCAUAAAGUAAACCUACCCCGGAUCUCUGGCUUCAGCCGCCAGGGGGUAGUGGCAGCCCUGGGGCCCUUUCCCUUCUCCUGGAGGAAGCACAGGCCUCAGGGAUGGGGAAGCAGGAUGCGGAGGGCCAAAGCCCGGAACCUCUACUUGAACAGUUCCACUGGGGAGGCUGGAGAACUAAGGAAACACCUGUACAUAGCGUCCGCUGCCCUGACUCCCGCUUAGCACGCCCUUAGGCAGGCGCCCCUUCCACCUUUCCCCAAGAGCUGUCGUCGCUGGAGGGUGCAGGGUCCAGCCCGCCUGGAUCACUGGUGUGCACCUGAUGGGAUGUGGGAAACGGGUUAUCCCUAAGGCUUGACCUUGCUUGGCUUAGCUGUGAGAAGUGGUUCUCUUCCUUUGGUCCCUUCUGGGGACUCUGUUUCCCCAUUUCUUGCUGCUGUGUCCCUCACCGGUUCCUUGCAGAAUUGAUUCCUUUUUAAAUGCCCUUGAAUCUAGCUUUGCCUUGGAGACCCCAGUGGGUGCUGCUCCUGCCGUUUUCUUCCUGCCAAGCCUGAAUCAAUGUUUCAUCUCCAACCCUCUGCCAGUUUGGCCCCUCAAAGCUUGGUGGCUCAAGACUGUUAGCCUGGCAGAGCCAGGGGUGAGAUACCUCGCUCCAGGAGGGAGAAGCUCUUGGAGCAGGCAGGAUGCCCACCGCUGCUUCAGCUGCCUCCUCGCCCAGCCACCCUUUGGCCCCAUUGGGCCCUCGUCUGCCUCUCCAGGAUUGUGUGUUUCAAGCCUUGUCCUGUGUUCCUUUGUCUGACGCUCUGUGUAUUGCUCUUUGAAUCGAGUUUGGAGGAAGAAUUGAGUUGUAUGAGUGGCGGCAUGUUGGUAGUGCCGGACUUCCUGUUUCAAGUUUUCUGGGGCCUCGCUAAUUGAAUGUGGAAAGUAGCACCACUUGACGGCUACAAGUGCCGACUCCUGAAUUUUCCAAUGGUGUUCUGACUUCAAGGGCUGGCAGCCCGGGAGGAUGGGGCCCGGGGGAAGCAAAGACCCUUCCCUCUGCUGUUUCUGUCCCACUUACCUGACCUCACUGGAGGCUACAUCACCCAAAGUAGAUGUUGGAAAACCUAAAUUAACGAACCAUAUUUUUAAAAUCCUGUUUUUCCCAAACAGGGUCCUCCUCUGCAGCCCAUCCUUUCCUUCUUUCCUUCCUUCUGAAACCACAUACCCCAGGCCCAAGAGCCUUGCUGCCAUGCCCAACCUCUUUGGGAGAAGUAUGAAUGCGUGUGUCUAAAUUAAAAGAAAAAAAUAUUUAAACAUUUUUUAACAAAAAUUUAUUUUUGUAUUUAAGCUAAAUUGCCUUUUAAAUUCCUUCAAGCUUGGUUCAUUGAGGUGGUUAAGUAUAAAUGCUAUUGACUAGGAAUUAGCUGUAUAGUUAAGUUAUGCCUGUGCAAAGAAGAGGCUCAAAUGCUGUCCCAGGCAGCUUUCCUGGGGGACUAGAGCUCCUUCUGGCCACGUUAUAUAAAAUGUAAUUCUUAUUUUAUAAAUAAUGUGAUGUAGAUGUAACCGGUGCCCCCUCCCCGUUGUGACUGAGGGUGAGUGUUCGGUGGUGGGGCUGCUCCUUCCCACCCCUCAGAACAGCUCUGAUCCGUGUUCAUACCCGGCUGUGUGUGCAGCUGAGGAGGGAGUGAACCUCAAGCCUAAAUACCUGUUAGGAUUGGAGGGUCGGGGUGGGCCCGGGCCUGGGCCUAGAAAUCAAGCUUCUACCUGUACCUUAUGUAAGGUAGACCCUCCUAGUGUCAGUACCUGAGCUAGUUUACCUCAGUUCCGCAGGCAGGACAGCCGGUCCGGGAACCGAGUGAGUGUGAGUGUGGGUGUGUACAGUACGCGCACUGGACAGGAGCGGGAGCUGGGACUUUCCAUUACAAAUAGAGACUUCAUUCCUGUUGAGUCUAGUUGGAAUUUUUAGUAUGAAUGUGAGAUUUUUCUCCUGCUUAUGUCAUUAAGAAUAAAAAACUGUGAUCUA